AUGAAAUUUUUAAUUUAUUCAAAAAACUCUCCAAAGUUUUAUUACCUAAUUUUCUAUAACAGAAUUGCAAAGAUUUAUUAUGUCUAUCUUUUAUUUACUAACUUUUUCCCCUCCGUGAGAGAAUAAAACAAUUUUUUUUCGCUUAGGUGGGGGUUAAUUUUUUUUUUUAAAAAUGUUUAUUAGUAAAUUAUAUAGUAAAAUUAUUUUUUGAAAUUUAAAAUAAUCGCAAAUUCGUAAAAUUGGAAAGCAAAUAUUAAUUUAAUUGUAAAAUUUAUGUUUUAAAAUGCAAGCUGUUCAAAUUAAACAGCAUUAGCAAGAGAUUUCAUAAUAAUAAUUACCAUUUAUAUAUAUCAAAUUUUUUUAUUAUAAAUUUUUUUGUUCGCUUAUGGAGGGUGGGUUUUUGGGGCAAAAAUAGGUUUUUCCAAUGGUUUUGCUCGCUAAUGGAGGGGGAGGGGUGUAAGAUUCCAUUAUUAUUGAAAAUAUUUAUAAAACUUAAUUUCAUCAAAUCAGGAUUUUCAGCCUUGAAAAUUUUUUUAGAAGUUUCAAUACUUACAUCUUGGCUUAUUAUAAGCUAA